UCUUUGGCCUCUUCCUCCUCACCACCAGCUGCCGCCACUCCUCACCACAGCUGCCGCCACGGCGCCACCCUCCCAUGGUCUCAUUAUCUUUUACUCCAUCCCCACACGCACCACCUUUUAUAAACACUCCCUCUUUAACUCCUCCCAUCCUACCACCCACAUCCAUUCCUCCCUGCGUCCUGCUCGGCUGCUGGCCUUACUCCUCUGCCCCGGCUCUGCUCAGGGAAUUAAUACAGUGAAGGCAGUCAGAUUUUAUGAUGGAGUUAAAAGCUGGAAUUUUUACCGUGGCCAUGCUAGCCAUUGUGCUCUCCUCACCAGCAACUGCUCAGAAGAGUCCUCCUGCUCCUGCGACGUCAGUUCUUCCACCGGCUCCAGCACCAGCACCUGCGCCGCACCAUGUGGACCUUGCUGAUCUCCUCAGUGUGGCCGGCCCAUUCCACACCUUCCUGGAGUACCUGCAAAAGACCAAUGUCAUUGAGACCUUCCAGAACCAGGCGAACAACACCAAGGAGGGCAUCACCAUCUUUGUUCCCAAGGACUCAGCGUUCGCUGCACUGAAGAAGACCACAUUUGCCAACCUCACCCAGGACCAGCUCAAGUCCCUGCUUCUGUACCAUGCGCUCCCCAAGUACUACUCUCUGGCUGAGUUCAACAAGCUGAGCACCCUCAACCCGGUGGCGACCUUCGCUGGCUCACAAUACACUCUGAACCUCACUUAUGACAUGGGCACCAUCCAAGUGAAGUCGAUGUGGUCCAACCCGAAGAUCAGCAGCAGUGUGUACUCAACCCGCCCGGUUGCGGUGUACGAGGUCAACAAGGUUCUCCUGCCAAUGCAGAUCUUCAAGAGCAACCCCCCGCUCGCUCCUGCCCCUGCUCCUGCCCCAGAUGCCAAGGCCUCUGAUGUCGCUCCCAGCCCAACCUCAGGGAAAGCAGCGAGCGGAAAGGCGAAGGCAGAUGAGAAGAAUUCAUCAUAUCAAGUUGGUGUCAGCGUCAUUACUUACUUGGCCCUUGCUGUCUCAGGUGGCUUGAUGCUCUUCUGGUGAGAAUUGAAAAGUUCCUGACCAUGUUAAAGCACAGGGUUCAGCUUAGCUUCCCCGUGUUUAAUGUUAUAUGGAUUUUCUGGAUUCAUUCUUUUGGACAUAUAGUAGGCAUUGUGUUAGGAUUGAGUUGUUGAGUGUUUGCACCAUAUGCUUCAAUGAUUACUCCCCGUUGAUUCUCU